AUGGAAGUCAUGGAAGAUCAUCAAGCUCAAGCACAAACAACAACACAAUCUCAAACUCAAAUCCAAAGUAGUACUAGUAGUCCUAGGAACCAAUGCACUCUUGAAAGAAAUGAACCUGUUAGGUCAAGAUGGACCCCUAAACCUGAACAAAUUCUCAUACUUGAGUCCAUUUUCAAUAGUGGCAUGGUUAACCCUCCUAAAGAAGAAACCGUUAAAAUAAGAAAGCUUCUUGAGAAAUUCGGUUCGGUUGGGGAUGCAAAUGUUUUCUAUUGGUUUCAAAAUCGUCGUUCUAGGUCUAGAAGAAGGCAACGUCAAAUUCAAGCUAGCCUUAUCAAUAGUGGCUCAUUAGAUCAACACCAACAACAACAGUCCCCAAUGCUUGCAAGAUGUGGCGGUGGCGGUGUAACUGAUCAGUAUCAGGCUGUAUACACCGCCACUACCACAUCACCAGAGUUAAUCAUGCAACAACCACCUUCCGGUUUUUUCCCCAUGCUACAAUCUUUGUCACCUGUGGCUGGUUCUUCUUCCUCUUCUUCUCCUCCUCCUUCACGGAUAGAUGGGGGAGUUGAAUAUCCAUUUUCUGGUCAAUCUUUAACUUUCCCAGAAUUUGAGCACAACACUUCCAUGCCUUCUUCAAGUUUAUUGCAUUUAGAUACUUCAAAAGUUCAUUAUGAAUUUGGAUUCAUCACAGUGUUCAUCAAUGGAGUUCCGACGGAGGUGGAAAGCGGUCCACUUAACAUCAAAUCUAUGUUCAAUGAAGAGGUCAUGCUAGUACACUCAUCUGGUGUGCCAGUGCCUCUUGAUGACUAUGGUAUUUCAAUGCCUGGUUUGCAACAUGGUGAAAGCUACUUCUUGGUAUCAAGGCCCAGUUAG